UGAAAUGGGGGUCCCUAGGUAAUCUCCCACUCCUGAGAGGGAGGCUAGCAGAGUGGUUAAGCUGAUUCUGGAGCCAGAUGCCCUGUAUUCAAACCCUUGAUCCAUUACAUGCUGUGUGACCCUGGACAAGUCACUUUACCUCUCUGUGCCUCAGUUUUCUCCUCUAUAAACUGCGGAUGAUAAUAGUUGUAUCUACCUCAUAGAUUUGGGGAGAGGAUCUAAUGAGAUAAUCCAUGGCAUGGCACCUGCAACAGUGCCUGCUGCAGUGUAAGCUGCACUGUAUGAGUUGAGCACAUGGUUUCCAAACAAUUCAAUAUAAUGCCCUCCCUGUAAUGUAAAGGAGACGUAGAGGAAAUUAAUUUAAAAUAAAAUAAUAUGUAUUUCAAACCAUAGAUAUACUGAGGUAGAAGACAUUGUGAAGUAAACAGAUGUUUGUGCUAAUUUAAUAUGAAUUAAAAGAAGGGGUUUGGAUAAGAAACAUGGAAAAGUGGAAUUUUCCUCUUUUGCCUGAAGGAUCUGACUGUGUGGGUCACGUUGACCCAGAGAGGCCACACCCUGGGCUGCCCACUCAUGCUUCAGCUGAGGCUUCAGCACCAGGGGCAGGGAAGGAAGCAGGCACAACAUUCCACUUUUUUUUUUCUUUUUAACUCUGUGGUUUCCAGUGCAAGAGGACCUUCUCAGCCCAGGGCAGGUGUUAAUUCCCUGCUCACAGUCCCACUUUGCUGUGAGCCCCCUGAAACACUGUUUCAUCUCAAUGUUACCUAAACUCCAUUCUUUCCCGAAUAAUAACCCAGUAAUAACCCGGUCUCGUUCUCUGCAGAACAAGAAGUGUCACUUCGGCUUGCUCUUCUCGCUGGCCUGAGCCAGAAUUAAAUUCAGCUUCUGGUUUCCAGAUUUGGGUGAUUUGUGAGUUCUUUAACACCCAGGAAAUGAAAGUGAAUAAAAACAGAAUGGGGAUAAUAAUAACAGGCCAGAUGAUAAGAGAAAGAGGAAAAUAACCAUAACUUAAACAAAAGUAACAAACACACUGGAACUUCCCUGGUGGUCCGGUGAGUAAGACUCCGGGAUCUCAAUGCCGGGGCCCUGGGUUUGCGAUCCCUGGUCAGGGAACUAGAUCCCACAUACCGAAACUAAGAGUCUGCAUGCUGCAACUAAGACCCGGUGCAGCCAGAAAGAAAAACAAAAAUCAACCCCCAAAAUACAAACAGACCAGGCAAUUUAAGGUGGAGAAAUUAGGAAAUACGGAGUUCUUGCAAAGUAGUGGGGCUUUACCACUAAAUGUAGUAGCAAAAUCAUUCCCUCUAGCAUGACAUGAGAUGGGGUGGGGUCGGGUCACUGAAAUAAUUUUUUUUUUAAUAGCUUCGUGAAUGUCUAGCAGGACAGUCAGACGUCGUACAGGAUGUGGGACAAUUCUGUGUACGACCGACUGUCCUGCUCCGACCUGAGAUCAUUGUGACUACGGAGAACACGCCCACAAAUUCCCGACCUACCUCUAGGGGACGGUCUUUCACUCAUUCACUUCUGCCACCAGGACUCCGGGUUACCAGCUGCGAGAGUCCUGAGCCCACUUCUUUUUUUUUGCAGUACGCGGGCCUCUCACUGUUGUGGUCUCUCCCGUUGCGGAGCACAGGCUCCGGAUGCGCAGGCCCAGCGGCCAUGGCUCACGGGCUCAGCCGCUCCGCAGCAUGUGGGAUCUUCCCGGACCGGGGCACGAACCCGCGUUCCCUGCAUCGACAGGCGGACUCUCAACCACUGCGCCACCAGGGAAGCCCCUGAGCCCACUUCUGAGCUUCAGUCUGCUCAUCUGUAAAGGGAGAACGGCAACAGACCCUGCUAUGUGAAAGGGCCUCCUCCAGACCCGGCCCACAGUACACUGCUAUUUCUCCCAGUCUUCAAAGAAAGAAAACCGAGGCUCAGAGAGUGACUUGCUCAAGGUCACACGGCUGCUUCCAGAUGCUCCGUUCUGAAGAAACAGAGAGGCCCAAUCCUAGUCCCACAGAGGACUGUGAAGACACGCGACUGUCCUUCAUGGAGCCAGGAAAGAAGGUCGCUCUGGCCUUGAUCGUGCACAUGCUGGAAGAAUGAAGUCUAGACCCUGGGGGGAGGGGCAGGCAGGCGAGGGUGCCCAAGAGAGAAGGGACUUUGGCGAACCCAUCAGCUGGACCUAUAGGACCCAGAAGAUGACUCAGUGGGAAAAGUCAGGAGGUGUGUUUUCCAUCCCCUUGCCUCCAGGUGUGGUUAGGCCAUUAACCAUAGGCCAGCCACAAGGAAGUUUAUUUUCUUUCUGCUUAUGGCUAUACCUUCGUGACAUUCCAGGAGAUUGCCAAGCAUGCCUAUUACAACCCAGUAUGAUCAGCCUGGAGUAAACACAGGGGGCUGGGGGAGCUCUCCAGAGGUCACCUAACCCAGCAGGGCAUGGGGUGGGGCAGGUGGAGGGGGUUGUGAGAGGAUCAGGGCAGACUUCCUGGAGGCAGUGAAGCUUGAACAAGAACUAAUGUGAGAAAGACAGCAAGACAUGCCCAACUCCAGGAGUUAAACCAUCCAAGUUGGGAAAUCCUGGAUAGCCUGAGGGAUGUGCAGAAGUCUUUGGCUCGAAGGAUCAGGAGCGUCCGUUGAAGGCAGGAUAUGUCAUCAAGGGGCAGCGCGGCAUGUCACAGAGGAAGAAGGUGCAUGCGUAGAGAGGUCCUCCGCGCUGCGACCAAACUCAUAAAAGGCAAAAAAGCGUGUGUGGUUUUCGCCCUGCGGCGAAUCUUCGAACGCAAGCGCGUUGUUAUCCGCAGACUUUGAAAAGCAUUCGAGGGACCGCGCGCCUGCUCCCGCUGUCGCAGUUUCCAGCGCGACGUGCUGUUCCACCCGUGGCUCGGAAAAAAUGGAAAUAGAGUUGUGACCAGAGUACUUUGGAGAGCCCGGGGAGUUUCUGACUGCCUCGCUGGUUAAGGAGUACCCCAGAGAAGAGAGGGCACUGGAGUAGGAAGAACUCGCUGCCUUUUGUCAGUCAAGUCCCAGGGGAGGGGCCUCAAGGUAGUGGAAACAGCUUGAUGGUACUUUCAGAGAGCUCAAUACCGACUGCUCCAGAGAGAGCAGUAGUUCAUUGUAUGAUAAGAUCAUAAAAUGAGGUUCUCCUAGGCAGGGCACUACCCAGUGGGCAAAGUGAGCCUCCAGAAUCCUGGCACUCAUCUCAUUACUUCAGAAUUAUUGGGUUGGCCACAAAGUUCGUUAGGGUUUUUCCAUAAGAUCUUUUUGGCCAACCCAGUACUUCACACUGAACAGAAAUCAGGUGAGAAGAGAGCAUUUUAAAAGUCACAAGUCAGUGUUUUUAUGUGAAGGCAUCCUGACAGGUCUCUUGUCAAAAACAGGGCCCUCCUUACCCACCUCUGCCUUCUGAUUGCAGGAUUAGGCCCUGCCUGUCUUGGUAUUUGACCUACUCCUUCCCCUCCAGACCAAGUGGGUCAACUUUUUCACUUUGGUUGGCUGAAAGUUUCAACGUCAAUUUCAUUGUCUGUCUCUGCAUCUACUAAUUGCAAAAGGUUUUAUGAGAUAACAUAUUUUUUCUUCUUGUAUGUACAUGGGAUCUCUGGAGAAAUACCCAAAAAACAACAGGGGUUGCCUCAAGGGGUGGGAGAUUUCAUUGUGUUUCUUUUAAUCGUUUGAAUUUUUUUUACUGUGUGCAUAUAUUAUCUAGUAGUUAAAGGUUUUCUUUUAUUUUUUUUCCCCCUUAGGCGGAACAGACUUUGUGUGUAACCACAGUGAGACAAAGAGACAGAUGAUAUUGCAGUAAUGUGAUGAGAGCCUAAACUAAGGCAGUGACAGAUGGACAGUCCUGGAGCUCUGCAGAGGGUGGAUUUGAGGGAGACAAGAAAGCAGGGAGGAAGCCCAGCUAGGAGGCUGCUGUUUAAGUUACAGCCUGAACCAACGAGUGAAGGACGAACAAGGAGUGGAUGGAGGCCUGAAAUACUGGGGCAGCGCCCCCGUAUACCACACCAUGGCCCUCGUGUCUGCUGAUUCCCGCAUUGCAGAACUGCUCACAGAGCUCCAUCAGCUGAUCAAGCAAACCCAGGAAGAGCGUUCGAGGAGCGAACACAACUUAGUGAACAUCCAAAAGACCCACGAGCGGAUGCAGACAGAGAACAAGAUCUCUCCCUAUUACCGGACAAAGCUGCGUGGCCUCUAUACAACCGCCAAGGCCGAUGCAGAGGCUGAGUGCAACAUCCUCCGGAAAGCCCUAGAUAAGAUUGCGGAAAUCAAGUCUCUGUUGGAAGAGAGGCGGAUUGCGGCCAAGAUCGCGGGCCUGUACAAUGACUCGGAGCCCCCUCGGAAGACCAUGCGCAGGGGGGUGCUGAUGACCCUGCUGCAGCAGUCAGCCAUGACCCUGCCCCUGUGGAUCGGGAAGCCUGGUGACAAGCCCCCGCCCCUCUGUGGGGCCAUUCCAGCUUCUGGGGACUACGUGGCCAAACCUGGAGACAAGGUGGCUGCCCGGGUGAAGGCUGUGGAUGGGGAUGAGCAGUGGAUCCUGGCCGAGGUGGUCAGUUACAGCCAUGCCACCAACAAGUAUGAGGUAGAUGACAUUGAUGAAGAAGGCAAAGAGAGACACACCCUGAGCCGCCGGCGGAUCAUCCCACUGCCGCAGUGGAAGGCCAACCCGGAGACAGACCCCGAAGCCUUAUUCCAGAAGGAGCAGCUCGUGCUGGCCCUAUAUCCCCAGACCACCUGCUUCUACCGUGCCCUGAUCCACACGCCCCCGCAACGGCCCCAGGAUGACUAUUCGGUCCUGUUUGAAGACACCUCCUACGCAGAUGGUUACUCGCCUCCCCUCAAUGUGGCCCAGCGGUACGUGGUGGCUUGUAAGGAGCCCAAGAAAAAGUGAAGCGGCCUCGGGGACUCGCAACCUCCUGACACCCUCGAAGGGGAUGCACACAAGAUUCUGUGAUCGAAUAAAUAUUCCUCCUCCCUUG